AUGUGCGCCUACCAGCCACAGCUUGCAGGGAGGAAACCCCACAACCGUUACGUGCCCAGAGCAACACAAACUUCUCCAUACAACCGCUGCAAGGGCAGCAUCUACCUGGUGUUUGACUUCUGUGAGCAUGACCUGGCUGGUCUUCUCAGCAAUGCCCACGUCAAGUUCACGCUCUCGGAGAUCAAGAAAGUUAUGCAGAUGCUAUUGAAUGGACUUUACUACAUCCACAGGAACAAGAUCUUGCACCGAGACAUGAAAGCUGCAAACGUCCUGAUCACGCGGGACGGAGUCCUGAAGCUUGCGGACUUUGGGCUGGCUCGAGCGUUCAGCCUGGCUAAGAACAGCCAGCCAAACCGCUACACCAACCGGGUGGUGACUCUGUGGUAUCGGCCACCAGAGCUGCUCCUAGGGGAGCGGGACUACGGUCCCCCCAUUGACCUCUGGGGUGGAGGCUGCAUCAUGGCAGAGAUGUGGACCCGCAGCCCCAUCAUGCAGGGGAACACAGAGCAGCACCAGCUCACCCUCAUCAGCCAGCUCUGCGGAUCCAUCACGCCGGAGGUUUGGCCGAACGUGGAUAAAUACGAGCUCUACCAGAAGCUGGAUCUGCCCAAGGGCCAGAAGCGCAAGGUGAAAGAUCGCCUGAAGGCCUACGUCAAGGACCCCUACGCGCUCGACCUCAUUGACAAGCUGCUGGUGCUGGAUCCCGCCCAACGGAUCGACAGCGACGACGCGCUCAACCACGAUUUCUUCUGGUCGGAUCCCAUGCCUUCGGACCUGAAAAACAUGCUCUCCACCCACAACCAGUCCAUGUUCGAGUACCUGGCCCCGCCGCGCAGGAGGGGUGCCCAGCAGCCGGCAAACCAGGGCAGGAAUCCGGCUGCCACCAACCAGACGGAAUUCGACAGGGUCUUUUGA